AUGACUACGGAGCCAAAUGAAGGAGAGAAAGUAAACUCUUCCUUCAAGAUGUCUACGUCCAUUCCAAAGUUCUCCAACCCCCAUUCGCUCAUACAAUCCUCUGAACCUUGUUCGCGUAAACGGGUAUUUAGGGAUGAAGACGAAGAUGGAGUAUCCGACUCAGAGAUUGAAAGGGCACGGAGCAAAGCUGGCUAUCAAGAAGAUGCAUUGAAGUGGUUAGAAGGCUACCUGCAAGCUUCUCUCGUUACUCACGAAGGCGAACAUGGCUCGAAGAGAGAAGGAGAUGGUCCUGUAGAGGACGAAUUAAGGCAGAAAAAACGAAAGCGGAAAUCGGCAAAGGUUGAUGCCACCGCAAAAGGCGAAGACGCUUCCACAUCCCUAUUUGAUUAUCGACUAUUUUCAACAGAUAGUUCUCCUCGGAAGAUAAACGUACUACCGAAACCUCCUGUCGUAAUAAAACCUGCCGACCGUGAAUACGAAGAUACACCAUCUCGUGCCGAGGAGCGUACGAAGCAGGCAAGAGAAGUCACAGUAGAUUUCUCGUGGGUCAUACAGCAAUCUCGAAUGUCUUACCCUAAACGACAAAAUGAAAGCAAAAAGCAUAUAAUACUGCGCCCAGCUUCCGAGACCACAUCUUUGAUGAACGAUUUGGCAGAUCUUCUCAUCAUAGAAUGUCCUCAUCCCCGCCCUACAUCCCUUCCGCUUAGUCGAUCUCAGCUCUCUACAUACUGCCCUCUUACUUCACGAAACAAAAAACUCCUACCAAGUCCACAUGAACUUAAAGCUCGACUAUGCUGUCCACUUCUUCCCGUUUCUCCUGCAAAUGGAGAAGAGAAAGAGAGGAAACGAAAGCGGAUGAGAGCAAGGAAAAGACCGAAGAUGUCCUUGAUGUGA